UUUGAAAAGAAACCCGCAUGUUUAUAAGAAAUCUCGCGGUCUCGUGGUUGAGAGCUAUGGGCUAAAUUUGAGGUGAAGAAUCCGCCAUUUUUUAAAAGUCAUUUACACACUCGAUAUGUGCUCGUCUCAGCCACCAAACUGUAAAAUCUUGCCUGAGUGACAAGACGCUUUCUAGUUAAAAGGCCACCAUGAUGAAGCCCUGGGUGAAGUCUGUGAUCCUCCUGCCCCUGUUCAUUCUCUACAUCUUCCUUGGGGCCUACGCAUUCCUCCGAUUGGAGCAGGGGAACGCGGAGGCCGCUCGGGAAGAGUUCUUCGGGUUCCUUGUGCCGUUCGUCCUCAAUCACUCCCAGUGCCUGUCGAGCGACGAGCUGCUGUCCUUACUAAACAAGCGUGCCGUGGCCAGGGCGAAGGGCGUGUACACACCAUCCUUGUUGGUGGGAGGGCAGUUGUUGAGCUUCUGGAGCUGGUCCAAUUCGAUCGUGUUUGCCUCUACCAUUGUCACGACCGUGGGAUAUGGAAGGUUGGUACCCAAAACUGUGGGCGGUCAGGUUUUCUGCAUUGCCUACGCCAUUCUGGGCAUUCCCCUGUGUUAUAAGAUGCUGUCGGUGGUCGGGGAUACCUUCCAGAGUCUUUGGCAACACUCGCUCAGGCUCUUCGACAAGGCGGUGGCUUGCUUGAAGUCUCAUCGCACCCGGAAACUCCUCGGCGUGCUGGUGACCAUUUUCGUACUCUGGAUCUUUCUCGUGAUGAUCCCCGCGGUCAUAUUUGCCAACACCGAGUCCUGGUCGCUGGUGGACGCCCAGUACUUCAGCUUCGUCUCCCUCAGCACCAUCGGCUUCGGCGACAUCGUCUACGGGAUGGAGGACCGACUGAUGACGGUCACGCAGGAUUGGUUGUACAAGAUCGGCAUGCUGGCAUACUUCCUGAUCGGUUUAAGCGUCAUCUCCAUCGUCUUCAAAGGCGUGUGGCGGGCACAGAAGGACCGCCUCAAGCAGGCGCAGGAGACAACCCGGCGGUUUUGGCAGAACCGGGGCGGCAGGCACCGCAGCUACUCACUGGGCACUCCCGAACCCAUGGACGAGGUACUGCAGGCCCGUGGUUUGUUCACGCGCAAGCAGAGCAACCCAACGCAGGAGCCGAUCUUCGAGGAGCACUCCUCCGAGGAUGAAGAGAUUGAGAGGACUAUGGCCAUGGAUGCCAUGGAGAUGACCGGCAGGAAGGCCUCCGUCUUCUCCCUGUCUUACCGGAGUGUCACCAUGAGGCGAAUUGUGGCCGACAAAGACUCGGGUCAUGGCUCCUGUAAUAAUUCAUUCAUGGGAGAUAAUGGAUUUAUUAACUCUGAAAUCUAGGGGCAGACCGUGGCAAAAUAAUUGUACCAAAAAGAAAAAGGACAAAAAUGACAGUUUGACUAUAAACUCGAUCUCUGUUUCAUAUACUUUUCUUUCUUAUUCAAAAUUUGGUACGAAGAAUAUUUUGCCCGUAAAAUCCACUUCCUAUCGCACACUUCAGUGAAAUUUAAAGCGGACAAAAGGAAUAACAAACCCUGACUCUGGACGUUCGUGAAGAUUUUAUUUCAACAUUACUGCAACUAGAAAAUUGCAUGAAUUAUGAACGUACUGUUAUUAACUGCAUGAUUGUAAUGAAGAAAAUAAAUAAAUAAAUAAAUAAAUAAAUAAAUAACGUAAA